ACCCAACCAAAACAGCACAAAAACAACGGGAGGAGAGGAGAGGGAGGCAGCAGCUGCCUGAACCAGCCAUUUCUCUCUCUUGUCUAGUACUUCCUGCCACUGCUAGUAGCACAGUACUACCUCUCUCUCUCAUCAGUCAAAUCAAUCAGAGUCGGAAUCGAGUUGUGUAGUUGGAAACGAAAAAGAAACAACAAGACAAGCAUCUGCUGCCUCGUCUCCUCGGGCUCCGGCCGGCGACCCGCCCUCGCCCGUCGCCCCCGCCGAGGAAGCAUCGCAUCGUACAGCAGCAGUACAUGCGACCUAGAGAGAGAGAAAGAGAUAGUCCAGAGGAAGCAAGGAAGGAGUACGUCGUCGACGUCGAUCUAUUCCUCCUCCUCCUCCUCCUCCGAUCCGUGAAUCCAAAGUCCAGUAAGCAACUCCACUUAACUUGCUGUAUGCGUAACGGCGGGCGUGUUGGCUGGCGUUGCGUGCGGCGGCAAGCCAUCUGCGCCAUCUGUUGCUUCCCCAACCCCAUCCCCCCCAAGCGAAGCUGAAGGCGGCGGAAGGUGAUUUGGACCGGAAACGUGGUCGGAAUUGGAAUCGCGUACGCGUGCUGCCUAGCUUAUCCUUCCGCGCACUCCCGUUUCCAUUUCCAUCUUCCAGCAUUCCCUCGCCUCCGCAUCCUCUCUCGCUUCUCCAACACCGCACUCCACUCCAAUGGAGCCCCUCCAAUCCAUCCCCUCCACUUGCCGUCUCAAGCAAUAAUGCCUUCUCCACUUCUAAUCCCCUUCUUUCCCUCCCGUCUCUUCUCUACUUCUCUUCUCCGAGAGGGCAGGGGCAGGGCGUGCUUGCCGCUGCGACACGAUCACCAAGCAAGCGCUAGAUAGAGGACCCAGCCUGCCUCGCUCUGCCAUUACCACUGCUUACAAAUCGCUCUGCCAUACUGCAGGCACAGCCGCCCGCUGAUUAAUCUUGGGGGGCUACCGGUCCACCAUACCUCAUAAGCCAAUAGCAAGCAAAGCAUUCAAGAACCGGAUUUCCCUUGUUGUUUCGGAAGCAGUUAAUGGUCGAGAGGGGCCACAACCUCCAGCCGUUGCAGUUCUUGCGUUGAGUUGGAUUGGGUUGCCAAGCCCCGCCAAAUAAAACAAAAGGGCUUCCUGUAAUCCUGCGCUGCACCGAUGGUGAUAGCGUCGGGAGCCGUUGACAGGGGCCACCUGUCCCCGAUUGCUCCCCUGUCAGAGUCGCCGUCGUCCUCAUCAUUCUUCUCCCAGGAUCUCGUCCCCACUGAGAGGCAAGUUGGAUUCUGGAAAUCGUCAGAGUCAAUGGUCGAUCACAAAGGGAGCAAGCCUAUUUUCACUUCUCCACUCGAUAAGGCCCAUCCCAUAGGCUCAAGUCCUGCAGGUGGUCUGGAACAUCAACGAGGUCAAGCCUUCAAGGGGAAGCUGGGCAUGCUUAACCUUGGUAAUUUGGUGGACCAACAAGAAAAUGCUCCUGGCAUACCUUCGAUUUCUUGGGGUGAUGUCCUCAGUACCUCCAGGUCCAGUCUUGGCUUGUCUACAGGAGGGACGGCUUUUGUUGAACCACCCAGUGCUGAUCAACAUGUGCAAGACUAUGGAGACUGCUUUUCAUCCAGCUCCUUCACUGAAGUCUUCGGUAGAAAAUCAGCAAGAUUGAUGGCAAGUGGCGUUUAUGGCCAAUCAGCUGGUGCAAAUGAUUCCGGUUAUGACGGAGAUGAACCUCUAGGGUCCAUGAAAGAAAUGGAAGCUCAAACUAUUGGUGAUCUCCUUCCUGAUGACGAUGACCUGAUGUCGGGAAUUAUUGAUGGCUUUGAAUACACCGGCUUGUCUAACCAGGAUGAUGCCGAUGAAGAUAUAUUCUACACUGGAGGAGGUUUGGAGCUAGAGCAUGAUGAUUCCAACAACGUCGACAAAUUUCGUGAUGUGUCCUUCAAGAUUCAACUUUCUGAGAAGCACUCUAUCGAUAAACACCAUUCCAGAGCUCUUAUUGUAAAAAAUAUUAAUCCAGGCAUCGAGGGUUCUGAUUUAAGGGCUCUGUUUCAGCAAUAUGGGGACGUACAGACAUUCGACACAUCCUGCAAGAGCCAUGGAAUUGUUACAGUGUCUUACUAUGACAUUAGAGCUGCACAGGACGCAGUGAGAGCAGUCCAUAACAAACCUCUGGGGCUGAUGAAACUUGAUGUUCAAUUUUCCCUUCCUAAGGAAAAUGUUCCAAACAAAGAUCCCAACAAUGGAACACUGGUGGUAUCUCUUAUUGACUCUUCCAUCUCCAGCCAUGAUCUUCUCCAAAAAUUUAGUGUUUAUGGCGAUGUCAAGGAGAUUUACAAGUCUCCUACAAGCUGCAAUAAGAAAUUUGUAGAAUUCUAUGAUAUCAGAGCAGCACAAGAAGCACUGAAUGACCUCAACAAGGGUGAAAUAUCAUGCUCACAAAUCAAAGUUGAGCAUAGCUUUUCUGGAGGAGCAGGAUCUUGCUUCGCAGAGCAAUAUUCAGGAGAACAGAAGCAAAAUGCCGUAGCUCACCAACUUAAGAACUCUCCACCUGGGACCAUUGGGAAGUUAGAUACUAAGAGUUGGGACAGCAGCACUGUUCAUAAUUUAUAUUCUCCAGUUAGACCGCAACACGAUAAAUCACAACAUGGCUUCUCUGUGAAUCCUCCUCAGAAGUUGUCAUCGCCUAUCAGAAUUGAAUCUACACAGCAGCAUAGUAAUCAAACUGCUUUUGGUGAACAUAGUGGAUCUCUUGGUCAUGGCAACUUUGGAGGUGGGCUGCAAGCCUUCCACCCGCACUCACUGCCAGAGUGUCACAAUGGUAUUUGCAAUGGCUAUAACUCCAUGACAUUAAAUGCAAGGAAUUCUAACUUCAGAUUUACUGAAGGAAUAGACUACAAUAAUCACAAAGUUGACCACAGUGACCUUCAUGGUCAUUCCUCUGAUCAAAAUGAAGCAAUUAGAGUUGCUGGAAUUGGAAGUUGCCCCCUUCAUGGACAUCACUAUACCUGGAGUAACUCAAAUGGUUUUCCUCAAAGCCCCUCUGCUCCAAUGAUGUGGCCUAACUUUCAGCAACCAGUGCAUAUGCAUUGCUACCCUGCUAUGCCUCCUCACAUCCGGCGCAGUGCUGCCCAUCCUAUGGACCAACAUCACUUGGGUUCAGCUCCAAACAGUGUUGGUGGUUUUGCAAAUGCACACUCUUUUCAUCCAGGAUCCCUUGAAAGCGUAGGGUUUCCUGGCAGCCCUCAGCUGUAUCCAUCAGAUCUCUCUGUAUUUGCAUCUGCCAGAGGAAAUUACAGGGAGACCAUGUUCUCUGCCAUAAGUGCCGGGUUUCCAUCAAUUCAGCAAAUUCUUCAUGCGACCAACGGAAGGAAUCCUAUGAUGCACGUCUCCACCUCAUAUGACGCCACUAAUGAUCGCAUAAGGAGCCGCAGGCAUGAUGGAAAUGCUGCCCAGUCUGAAAACAAGAAGCAGUUUGAGCUGGACCUUGACCGCAUAGCUAAGGGUGAAGACUCGCGCACCACACUGAUGAUAAAAAACAUUCCUAACAAGUACACCAGUAAGCUGCUUUUGGCUGUCAUUGAUGAGAAUCACCGAGGAACUUAUGAUUUCAUCUACCUUCCAAUUGAUUUUAAGAAUAAAUGUAACGUGGGAUAUGCAUUCAUCAAUAUGACGGAUCCACAGCAGAUAGUUCCAUUUUACAAGACAUUCAACGGCAAGAAAUGGGAGAAGUUCAAUAGUGAGAAAGUGGCAUCACUUGCGUACGCCAGAAUCCAGGGAAGGAACGCUUUGAUUGCUCAUUUCCAGAAUUCUAGCCUGAUGAAUGAAGAGAAAUGGUGCCGCCCUAUGCUUUUCCACAAAGAUGGCCCGAACGCAGGAGACCAGGAACCAUUCCCUGUGGGUAACAAUGUUCGUUCUCGGUCCGGGAGGAACAGACCACUUAGCAGUGGUUCGGAGACUACCAAAGAGGCAAGUCCAUCAACCUCUCCUAACUGAAGAGAAGCCGGCUCCCGAUAUUCCAACUCAGGACAGGCAGGCGGUAUUUGCUCACUAACUGGAGGCUGAAGGGCAUGUAAUAAAUCAUCCCCAGUUUUGCUGCUUCUUUUUCUUUUGGUCCUCGUCAGCAAGGUGACCUGACUUGCUGAGUGUGACUAGCUAACGAGAAUUCUGCACUGCAUGAGCCUGCUGAAGAUUCACCUUAAAGUAACUAUGCCUUGGUUUUGCCAUACCAUUGACGUCAACGGCUACAGGUAAUGGAGAAGACCUGGAGUGGUAGAGGGAGGUGUGUUUCAGGCGGGUGAAAAUUCAAGUUGUACAGUUGAACUCACCAGGAUUGGAAAAUGGUCAUCAAUUCAAAUUUGAGUUGUUUUUCUUAGGGUUCUUCUUGCUAUGUUUGAUCUCGUUUAUGUGCGUGUCAUGUGUCCACGGUGUGAGCCCAAAUGUUUGAAUGCCUUGUCUUUGUGCAAUUUCUCUCAAACCUCA